GAGUGCGGUGAAUUAUCUCACACUGGUCUUUGAAUCUCGACAGUCUUUACCAGCCGCACUUCAUAAACUGUUAAAUCCUACAUAAGGCGCAUUUCUCUUUAUUGGUGGUAGCCUAUUGGAUAUUAUAGGCUAUUAACUUAAUUAACAUUUUUGAAUGGAAUGAAGAUGCCUGGACUUUAAUCUGCUUUAUUGUCGGGAAAUAUUUAAUGACAUUGCACAAACUGGAUUCAAGUGGACAGUGAAGGUGGAAUUCCUUGAAUAACAUCAUUGACAUGGUAACAUCCAGCGACUGGAUAUUACGGAGGCGGAACAGAAACCUCUGGAGAUGUCUGCUGUGUCAAAAAACUGCUAAAAGUGCUGUCUGAGAGAAGAGUGAUCCAAGAACGAAGACUGAACGUAAAAGAACUUCCUGUGGGAUGCAGUUCGAUCUGUGUUGAGGAGGUUGUUAAACUGUAGGUGAAUACUUGUGAUCUAACCUAAUCCUGGAUAAAGCUUGACUCCACAGUGGAAGCAGGCUGUGUCUGACAUAAGGAGAUGAAACGAGAACGUUUUAAGCCUCCAGAACCAGAUGACCCUUUAUGUUGCUGUGGAGACAUCGACCAGCAAAGAGAGUACUGCUGCUGUGAUUGUGAAGAACUUGAUGAUGCCUGUGAAAGAUUACUCAGAAGAGAGCCAGACAAGCCAAACAUCUUCUCACAUUUCGUCUCUCGCAUUGCUGAUCGUUUGGGUUUGCCUUGUUGUGCCAUAGGACCUCUCCGAUUGGAGCUGUCUGUCCUACCUCCAAUGGUAUUGCUUCCUGGCCUGUUGAGGGUGGCAGCAAUCAAUUGUCUGCUGGGAGUUGUAACCCUGACUGCCUUACCAGGACUGGUGCUCUGGUAUUACUAUGUAACUCACAAAAGGAAAAGGCGCACACUGUUUUUCCUUAGUUUGGCACUCUUCUCCCUUGCCUAUAUGUACUACCUUUUCCUCACCGAGAUCCUUCCCAGAGGAGAUGUAAGUAGUCUGCAGGUGGUUACUGCGACAACAGGCAUGCUUCUGACACUCAUCUCUCUUGUGUGCACCAAACAGGGACCAGGGUUUGUCAAAUCUCACUCAUUAGCUCUCAACAGCAGCUCUACAACCAAUCAGAGCAAAAACUUAACCCAAGACUCCACCCCCUGCAAUGGAAUUAACCAGUCAAAGGGAAAGAUUGAAGAAAAGAAGAAGUGGUGCCCUGUGUGCCGACUGGUGCGACCACCAAGAGCAGGGCAUUGCAGGAUCUGUGGGACAUGUGUGCUUCGAAUGGACCACCACUGUGUCUGGAUAAAUAGCUGUGUUGGGCAAGCCAAUCACAGGCAGUUCCUUUUGACGCUGCUUCUCUUCUUGUUGACAUCAUUCUAUGGGAUCAGUUUGGUCUUACGGAGUAUAUGUCCACACCAGAGUAUAUUCACAGCCAUGUUAUACUGCCCUGGAGUCUACAAUCAAUACAGCAAAGCACUGUGCUUUACAUGUGUGUGGUACAGCAGUAUCAUAACAGGUGGUUUGCUGUACCUGUUCAUCCUUCAGAUCAUCAAUGUCAGUAAUAACGUAACAGAACGUGAAGCUCAAAUUGCUUUGCGCAACAAAACUGGAAGACGGCGUUACUUUGGCCUGGUUGUGGAAACUGGCAUCUAUUCACAGGGCUUCCGCCAGAACUGGAUCCAGUUCCUCACCAUGAAUACUGACGAGAACGUAUCCCCCUUGACCUUCACAGAUAUGUGGCAACUUUAAAUGGGCGCAUUGAAUAAGGCACAGCUUGAUGUUACUGUGUGUGCUAUCACAGCAAGGUAUUCAUGAAAUGAAACUGCCUACUCCCUCAUCUAACCAAGCUCUGCCCAUAAAGGUUACAACUUUAUGGCAUAAAUAAGUAAAAACAACACUAAUUCAAAUAAGUUUCACAAGUCAUUGUAAGUAGGCCCACAUGGGAACUCAACAGAAAAGUGCAACAAAUUUCUGCAGAAUUAGAACGCUCAUCAUUAAAAAAAUUCUACUAAUGCCCCACCGCUUGGGUGUUCAUUUAUUAAAUAUUUUGGCUGAUCUGAUGAUGCUUUCAGCUAACAAUAAAAUAAGUUCUACCAUCAGCUCCCUUUAACACAUUUUUACCAUAUUAACAAAAUCUUUGCAGAAAAUGCUAAGAAAAAGUCUGCAGAUUUCUUAAGACUGGAUUUUGCAAACUGAGUAGAGAUUCAAAAAGUCUGUGUUUUCUUAGAGACAAAUAUAAGAAAUAUUAAGAAAAUGUAAGUUACAUUUUAGGAAUACGAUGAAAGCCCCAAUAAAUAAAAUGCAACAUGGUAAAAUGUUUAAAAAUUACUGUAAUAAGAGGGCAAAGAACAUAAAGGUACCUCUUAAAAUGUAUUUAUUGCUAUUUUCCAACACAUAACGGCCCACAUAAUAUAUUCCAUGCUUUUCUAAAAUAUUGAUUUUAUUUAAAAUUUUACAGCUCGUAGAAAUCAUGAAAAUAACAUGAAAAACAUGAAAAUAUACUUCUGACUUGAAGGUCAGCUGCCUUCUCAAAAAAUGCUACCAUGUUAUGUUUCGAUAAAGAUUGUGAGUUGAUGGUUUUGCAUACACAAAGUCACAUGACCUCAGUAUUUUCAAGGAGGGUUUUCAAUAUUUUUCACAAAUAUUUGACAGACUCACUCAUUGCUUUUUUCUCUAGCCUCUUAAAUGUUUGGAUCCUCCAGGAUACAAAAACCUUUUUAGGGUUAAGAAACAUUCAUUAAUAACUGAUUUUUAGAUAUAUGAAAGAUUGUUUUGUCUAUCAAGCUAUGUCUACUUGAACACAAUAAUUCUAUUUUAUCAUCCAUAUUAAAUUAAU